AUGCCUGAGAAUGGAGCCUCGGUGGCUGCACUGCGCAGGCACCGAGGCGGCCGCCCUUCUCCGCCCGCAGGCAGCGCUGGCCUCGCGCCCUCUCCCCCUCCCCCGCCCGGGCCGCUGACAGUCGAGGCCGGAGGCGCGCCCGCUCACCAAGCCGCUGCGGCCGCUGCAGCCGGAUCUACCGACCAACCGUUGAGCAAGCCAGCCUUGUUCCUGCCCGCCCCCACCCCUCCCGCCCCGUGCCGCCCCGCGACCGCCUCGCCCGCGCCGCCUGCGCGCCGCCAGCGCGCCCCUCCGCUCAGGCACUCGCAGGGGCCAAGGGAUCGCAUUAGAUGCACUGCGACUCUGCCUCAUGAACCGAAACCACUAGAUACGGAAACUAUUGCGCCAACUCGCGAGGACUUGGAAAAAAAUAAUUAUUUCAAUAAAGCGUUACAUGCUUUGUCACGAAUUUAGAAUCUUUUUGAAGAAACAGGCGGCAAUGAUGCAGCGAUACAAACGGUUAGAACAGCUUUCUUCCUUUCGCAAAAGAAAUAAAACACUGC